AUGGAAAAUAACACUAUUGUCGCACUACCUCUAAGAGAGUCCUCUUUUAAUAGCUUUAUCUUCGAGAAGGCUUUUUCGAGGUUCAUAGCCCUCUAUUCAAAAGAAAAUCGAAAAAAUUUCUAUUUAUUUUUCUAUAAAAUAAUUUUUAAAAAGGUCGUCAAAACUUGGUUGCGUCCACGAGACAAAACUAGAGAACGCUUAAAAAAAGAAGCAAAUGCUCUUACUAAUGAGGUUAAUACUUCGCUUGUUUUUGAGCCUAUGCCUAUUACAAUGGAACGUUUACGCUUACUUAAAGAAAUGGGAAGAUCUCCGUCUCAAAGUAGUUUUGCUGCUUUGAAAGCAAAAAUAUCAACAGCAAGUAAUCCAACUCAACUUCCUCUUGUUUUACAAGUCGAAAAUAAAAAUAACAAAGAAGAAAAUACUGUAGAAAAUGAAGAAAACGGAACGCCAGGAGAACAAGAUUUGUUAAAUGCUGGGAAGAGUAAUGGAAAACUGAACAGAACGAGCUAGAAAAUCUAACGAAUAUUGUAGAUCCAGAAAGAGGAU